AUGUUUAUGAUCGGUGAUAAAUGAUACAAGCUUAUUAAAUUUGAUCUUUUAAUUAUGAAAGUAUUUAUAAAAAUGUGAAAUUAUAUAGAUAAAAAUAUUUUAACUUUAAUUUUACAAAAUCUUACAAAAUGCAUGAAAGGCAUAGACAGUACGAACACAAGAAUAUUAUUCUUGGCUUUCCUUGUCUUUCUGGACUGUGAAGUAUUUUACAAUAGAUUUUACAGAAUUAAAGUUAAAAUAUCUCUUAAACUAAUAAUUUUUUGAUAUACAUAGAUAUUAAUACUUUUUUUUAUAGAGCAUGUUGAACUGCACCGAUUAAUAGAUAAAAAAUAUAUAUCAUUUCAUUUAAAAAACUGAAAGUGAUUUUCAUAUCUUAAUAAAAAAGCAAAAUAACAAGUAUUAUAUGUCUCUCUGAAAACUAUGCAAAAAAAAACUUUUGCUUGAGAUAUUUUUUGCAAAUAAUUUCCAAGUUAUCUUAAGACGCCAUGUUACGAGACUCAUAUUGUACAUAUAAAAAUAAUAUAUCUAUACAAAUUUUUACCAUAUUAUCAUUCUCAUACUGAUUUAUUACUAUGGUACUCGUCCUUUGCUAUAUUGAUACAAAUGGCAAAUCUGUCCAUCGUAGAAAGAGCGAGCAUUUAUAUCUUUUACAGAUCGUAAUUUUCUUUCAUUUCUUUGUUCCUCCAAAUAAAUAAAAAAAAUAUAAAAAUAUUAAAAGUACCAUUAAAAUAUCAUACAAUGUACAACAUUUUGAAAUUAUUAUUUUUGUUGAUUAAACACGCAUGUAGGAUUUUUGUUUUGAAUUGCAGAAGCUUUGGGGACCGGAAGUUCAUCGUGGCAGAGCGAAGAUGGUGGUCCAAACUCACGACGCGGUGGUGAGACGCCUUCUUCUUGCGCAACGCCGACGUCAGCCAGCUUCCCAUCGGAGCCUGAGGUAGAUGCUGACGUCAGCGUUAAUACCGAUGGAACCAAUGCUACCGCACCUUAUCCUUGUCAAUUCUGCGACCGAACGUUUCCGCGACUUAGCUACCUGAAGAAACACGAACAGAGUCACGGAGAUCAAAUGCCAUAUAGGUGCAGUUGGUGUGCCAGAUUAUUCAAACAUAAACGCAGUAGAGAUCGCCACGUGAAGCUUCAUACAGGAGACCGAAGAUACCGAUGCACGCACUGCGAAGCUGCUUUCUCCAGAAGUGACCACCUGAAGAUUCAUAUGAAGACCCAUGACACUCAAAAGCCGUAUCAGUGCACAACCUGUUCCAGAGGUUAUAACACAGCAGCUGCCCUAACGUCCCACAUGCAAUCUCACAAGAAACAUCAUCAAUCUCAAACAUCCAAACUCCAGGACAUCGACUACGGUAGAAGAAGUGUAUCUUCUCACAGUACAUCAUCGCCGCCAGUACCAAGCUCUCCAUCGCCAUCUCUAAAUAUAGUCUUAAAUUCCAAAACUGGUAUAAAAAAUACUCAAGGAAGUGCUUCGACAACUCCGAUUCUGAGCUCUCCACUGAAGUUAGCUUGCAUGUAUUGUACCAGAGAUACCUUCAGUUGUAUGCAACAACUUCAGAUGCACGUGCAUACGAUGCAUCAAGCUAUCUUAAGUGGAGAAACUGUUGCAGUAUCUCCAUCAACUAACAGAACCAAUGAACAAAUAAGUUAUCAGCAUGAAAAGACUUUUGAUAGAAAGCCAGAAGGAUCAUCUAAAGAACACAAAAGGAAAUAUCAAGAUGAUUCAGAAAAAUCUAUUGAGAAAGAUCACUAUGAAAACGCAUUUACAUGCAGUCAAUGUACUAUGAGAUUCUCUACGUUAAACUCAUUAAGAGAUCAUUUGGUUUCGAUUCAUAGAACCGAUGGUUUUUGCUCUGCUUUGAUGAUGUGUCCUCUUUGUGGCAUUCCUUGCACUUCUGCAGCGACUUAUGCAGAACACUAUGUUCUCCAACACUGUGAAAAUCGAAGAACAGGUCUCCUAGAAAUUAGAGACUAUACAGAUUCUAAGAUGAAUGGAAAUUAUGACACCAAGAGUCAGACCAGAAGUCAGAAAUGUAAGGAGCAAACGUCUUCUGAGCCAGCUGAUUUGACUAACAAGCAUUCCACCGGUACAGAAAAUAAUUAUACAGCUGGUACAUUGUUAUGUGGACAGUGUGGAGCUGCUUUAAAGGACUUUGAAUCAUUCAGGGAACACUUAGCUAGACAUCUUCAAGCUGAUCAUAGAAAUGAUGUUAGACACCCUUGUUUGAAGUGUGAAGCCACUUUUCAAGAUAGGGAAGACAUGUUGGUACAUUUGACGAAACAUUAUUUGGGCCAGAUUAGUAAAGAAUAUGCUUGUGGCGCAUGUAAGAAGCUUUAUCCUCAUCCUGAUCUUCUUCAGAGACAUUUACUCGACAGUCAUGCUCAUCAUCUCUAUCGAUGCGCCUUGUGCAGAGAUACUUUUGAUUCUAGAGUGGCAAUACAAGUUCAUUUUGCUGUGAAACACAGUCAAGAAUGCAGAAUCUAUAGAUGCAAUGCUUGCACAGUGUCUAAUAAUGAAAAUUCGCCGGGAAAUGCGCCAGAAGAAGGAAAAAGUUUCUUCCGAAGUGAGUCUGAAAUGACAAACCAUGUAAGAAAUGUCCACGCACCUCCUACGAUGUCAAAUAAUAGUCCUGUGGCUAGGAGUCCUGCUUCCACUCCAGGAAUAACUGGGAAUUCCGGACCAAGAUGCGUCUUCUGUGGAAUCUGUUGUAGUUCCGAGCUGGAAUUACAACUCCAUUUGGCCAGCCAUUCUGCUAACUUAUAUAGAUGUCCUGUUUGUAGAGAAGGAUUUGCUGUGGAAUUUUUAUUAGACAGACAUAUUACUCAAGCACAUCAUUCUAAUGACCAUCAGGAUGUCACGAGAAGUAGAGAGAAUGGAAGAAUUGGUAGAUUACCAAGAUUACAGGAAGAGGCCAAGUCCCAAAAAAGAGGUCGCUCUCCAGCCUCCAGCAACAACAACUCUCUGAAUCAACGUGACAACAACAAUAAACGUCCAAAUUACACUAAUGCAUCCUCUCAACAAUGCGAUCUCUGCGAAAGAGGAGAGUUUUCUAACGAAGCAGAACUUCAAGCUCACAAAAAAUUGGUUCACACUCCGACCAAGUUUCAAAAUAAGUCUAUAUCAAAUCUUAGCAUGACUUGUGCAUACUGUGGAGAAGUAUGUCGUUCUAGAACUGAUCUGGAAUCUCAUACAAGGAUUCAACAUGCAUCAAGUGAACCUGGAGGACGCCACAAGUGUAAUAUUUGUGACGAAGUGUGUCCAUCAGGAGCAACACUUGCAGAACAUAAAUUGCAGAAACAUUGUAAGAUUCAAUUAAGUGACACGUGUAUCGUUUGUCGAGGAAACCUAUCUUCAGAAUCACAGUUUCUAGAACAUAUGCAAAGACACAGUCUGGAGAAUGUGGAUCCUCAGCAAAGAUUAGACGGUUCUCUUCCCCAUCUUCCUGCAGCUUGUGUAGUUUGUAGACAGACAUUGAUUAGUGAUUUGGAAUGUCGUCUCCAUGCCAGACACCACUUAAAAACUUCUGGCUCUCACAGUGUGGCAUCCAGCCCCAGUCCUAAUCAAAAGAAUCAGAGUCCAAGUUGUUGUCUUUGUUUAAGAGAUUAUUCAGCUGAUGACUUUGUUAAUUUACCUCCAAGUCAUAUAAGUGGAGGAGGACAGUCUUUAAAGGUUUGCAAAUCUUGUUACAUUCGACACUCUCAGGGUCUACCUAUUUUGAAUUCACCUUACGAGCCUAUUAAAUGUGAUGCUUCUUGGACAUCCAAUAAUAAAGAUAGACAAUGGGAUAAAUCAAAGGAUAAAUGGGAAACCGAGAAUGAAGAAGAUAAAAAUGAAGGGCAUGAUAGUAAGAAGUGUCAAGAUUGUGGGGUGAAAUUUGAAGAUUCUGACAAGGUGGAAAAACAUAGGAUAGUCGAGCAUGAAAAAGUUAUAAGUGGAGUUAUGUUGAACACAUACACAUGUAUACAGUGUCAGAUGUCGUUCCCAACAGAGGCAAAAAUUCAGCAACAUGUAAGAAAAGAACAUCUAGAAACAUCGGGAAGGACUUCCAUAAAAACAUUACGAUGUCAUCUGUGUCUUUUUGAAGCUAGCAGUCCAUUACAAUUGCAAAGUCAUUUGAUAGAACAUACUUUCGCAGGAUGUGCCGCUCUCAGUUGUUACAUUUGCCAAUCUCUCUUCACCGCACCUAUUGGUCUUCAGAAUCAUAUGCUUCAAGAACACGGCCUGAGUGCUCGUCCCUAUGAUUGUUCCCAAUGUACACUCAAAUUCUUCUUCAGAGCAGAAUUAGAUCAUCAUAUGUUAACAUUUCAUCGACCGAGAGACAUGCCAUCACCCAAUGAAAAUACACAGAAUACCUUCAAAAUAAAAAAAAAAGAUGCCGAAAAAAGAAAUUGCGAUGAAGGAGUGACUGUGAAAGAAGAAGUGGUUCCAGAAGCAGCAGAAGAAGAAGAAGAGAUCAAUGUGGAUGAGCAAAUAGAAGAGAAUGAUCAAAAGGCAGAUCAACAAUCAGAAAUUGAGACGGAAUUAAAAACUGAAUUCGAGGAAGAAUUUGUUCCUGAAAAAAUGGAAUCGUGAUCGUUUCUCAUUGAUCAAAAAAAUAAAAUGCUCCGAUAGUUAUUUUGGAAUAAAGAUCAAAAACAAAGAGAUCACUUACAAAAAAUCAAAGCUUAUUUACGUUUCUGUUAAUUUUAUUUUUAAUACAAAAGAAUAACAAGAUGUCGCUUUAUCUUAACAGAUAAAAUUAUUAUUUCUUUUAUCGCAUAUAUAAAUUUUCUUAAUUUAAAUAUAUGUAUAAGAAUCUUUUUAAUAUUGCUUGGAAAUUUUGCAAAGAUGUUCUACAGUUAGUUGAAGCACCGAUAAUUUAUAUAGUUUAUAUAAAUUUGUUAAAUCUGUUACCGUUCAUUUCCCGAAUAAUUAUAGAAGAGCACUUUGAUUAUUUCAUACAGUAGAAUAAGUUUAUGAGAUGUAAAAAAAUUGUAAAAACUAUUACAUAUAAGGCUAAUAUUGCAAAUAUUUUAUUUUACAGUACAAUGUAUUUUUUAAUACCGAGAAUUUAAUAAAUUAAUAAAAUAAUAUGAUAAUUUAUACAAUAGUUUCAAAAAAUUUGGAAUAUGUAUAAUAUUCUCUAUCGAACUUUAUUAUUCCUUGUUACAGUCAUUUUACUUUAUUUUAAAGGCAAGUUACAGCAUUAAAUUUCAUCGUUUAACUCCUCAAGCGGCAGGAAUAUAUUGUAUAUGUACGUUAUGACAAAAGUCAAUUUACAGCAGAAAUGGCGAAUAUAAUAUAGUGGCGGAAAACUAUUAUAUUAUUGUGCAGAAAACUUUCAAUGAUGAACUAUGUAUAAUGCAAACACUUGUUAACUCCUCGGAAUUAACAAGCAUUUGCAUUAAUAUUGCAUGAUACUACGCUUCGUAUGUAAUUUAUGAUCUACGAGCAAUCUGAACGAAUAUUGUAAUAUAAAAUCUUUCUUAUUAUACGAAUAAAAAGAGCAUCUAUUUGCAGAUGCAAAUUGUAAAUACAUCGAAUAAUGUUAGAAUAUAUUAUUAGUCAGCUUUUUAUUAACUUUGAUCAAUAUUAUAAGUGACAAUUAUUAUUUGAAGAAAGCAGAUGCAAUAACUUGUCCACUAGGCUUA